CUGCAGCAUGACGGCUCUGCGGUGGCAAACUACCAGGUAACGAGACCAAUAGCUUUGACGAAUGUUACGCAUGUUCAGAUAUCCUCACGUGCCGAUGAUAUCAGAGCUGGAUUAAUUGAUACAUUUCUGAACCUCGAAAUGAUCGAUAAUGAUAUUUAUUUGUCACGACAUCUUUUGAAAGGGCGUCAGUCUAUACCAGCUGUUUAUGGGGGUCAGGUUAUCGGUCAAGCUUUAGCUGCAGCCGCAGCUACGGUAGAUGACUCAUUCAAGCCUCACUCGUUCCACUCCUAUUUCAUUCAAGCAGGUUCCGUUCAUAAACCAAUCUUAUAUAUGAUAGAUCGAGUCAGCGACCGACGGAGUUUUUGCACACGCAUAGUCAAAGCUGUGCAAUCUGGAAAAGCGAUAUUUACUUGUCAAGCUUCUUUCCAUAAAGAUGAACCUGACGCUAUUGCCCACCAGCACAAGAUGCCUGAUGUUUCUCCACCUGAAAAACUCAUUGACUACGUGGACCUUAUGGAGAAGUAUUCUACGGACAGCAGUGUAAGGCCUGCAAUAAGGGAAAUAUUAAAAUACAGGUUCAAAGAAAUUUCGCCAGCGUUCGACAGAAUUUUUCAGCUACGACCCGUAGACCCGGAGAGGUAUGUAUUGGACUUGGAUGGAAAGGGAAUUGAGCCCCGAACUUACUUAUGGUUAAGAGCAAAGGAAAAUAUUGGAGAUGAUCCUCGAUUACAUCAGUGCGUUGCUGCUUAUAUUUCUGACUGCACAAUGCUGGACACUGCUAUGAAGUCUCACACAAGUGACGGUUUUGCACCGACGAUGGCGUUCUCUUUGGACCAUUGUAUUUGGAUGCACAGUUCAGAAUUCCGAGUUGAUGAGUGGAUGUUGUACGAAAAUUAUAGGGGCAGCAGAGGAUUCACAGAGGGCAGGCUAUGGUCUCGAGACGGUCGUUUAAUCUUGUCGACUGCUCAAGAAGGGUUAAUUAGAUCUGCCAGAAGUAAAGAUGCUGCCUAG